AUGAUGCAUAGCGCCCAGCUAUCCGGCCGGAACCUCGACUGGUUCUUCUUAGAAGGCCCUUAUGGCAAAGAUCUCCGCCUAGAAACCUACGAAACUGUAAUCCUCAUCGGGGAGGGCAUCGGAAUUGCCGGUAUACUACCGUAUGCAUUGCACCUGGCCCAUCGGCGCCAGCAUGAUGAGAAAUUCAAAACAACGAAUACGCCCCUCUAUAAAGAUGUCACGAGGAAAGUCGAUCUGUUGUGGAAGCUAGAUAAGGACGAGGAGGAGAACUGGCGCAAGGACCAACUGACAGAAAUAAUGCACCUUGAUGCGAAAAAAGUAAGGCCCCUCUCCCUAGUCCCUUUUUCACUAACACCGUAG